GGAAGGGAGCGUUUCCCAGGAGACGGCCGGGCUGGAGGGGAAGGCGCGCGCGUCGGGGAGGCGCCGCUGGCUGCCGGGCUCGCGUUUUGUCCAAAAAGAAGAAAUAACCACUAUCAGCAGCAGUAUAGCAGAUUGCCUCUCCUCCGGUCUGGUUAUGCCGUAAUGAUGGAGACUUCUGACGAAGAAAACUUUGGUGUAGCGGUCUCCUCCCCUUCUGAUGCAGAGUUUGAUGCAGUUGUUGGGUAUCUGGAGGAUAUUAUAAUGGAUGAUGAUUUCCAGUUAAUACAGAGGACUUUUAUGGAGAAGCACUACCAGGAGUUCGAUGACUCAGAAGAAAACAAGCUCAUCUAUACUUCUAUUUUUAAUGAAUAUAUCUCUUUAGUAGAGAAAUACAUCGAAGAAAAGUUGCUUGAUCGGAUUCCUGGUUUUAAUAUGACUGCUUUCACAAUGUCAUUGCAACAGCACAAAGAGGAAAUGGCAGGUGAUAUAUUUGAUAUGCUUCUCACAUUUACUGAUUUUCUGGCUUUCAAAGAAAUGUUCUUGGAUUACAGAGCUGAAAAAGAAGGUCGAAGUCUGGAUUUAAGCAGUGGGUUAGUGGUGACUUCAUUAAACAAAUCAUCAAUAUCCUCCUCCUAGAACAGUUUGUGCACUAUUUUCCUUCUCCAGAGGAGUGCUGCUGCUUCCAUUUGGACAUUAAAACACUAAAGGUCAUGAGAAUCAAGGUGCUUUCAUGUGAUGAAAACUCACUCACCUGCAGAGGCCUGAUCUGAGAAACAUGUUUGUGAAUUCUGGUUGUUAUUCGUGACCACAGAAGAUGACAAUUUCAGCUCUACCGGAGUAAUUGUUUUUAAGAACUACACAGUAUUUGCACACCAGCCUAACUGUUGCGCAGGCUGAGAAGCCCAGCAGACCAAGAGGACAGUAAAUAGGGCUGUGUGCGGGUUGUUUGGGUUGGUGUCUUCACCAUCUCCCCAAAACGUAGAACUUUUUGGAAUUAAGAUGACAGUGUAAAAAGAGUAUGCCCUUCCAGCUCCUGGAAGGACGGGUGUGAAUGCAUAACCUCCAAGUUCCUCCCCGUCAAUGUUUUGUUGUUUGGGUUUGUGUUUUUUUUAGAUACUUUCAUAUGAUUUUAAGUGCUACAGCUUUCUAACAGAAGAAUAUGCUUUGAUAUGUAGAUGUUCUACCAUAAGAUUGCCCCUCAGCUCUGACAGUUGAUACGUUAGUGUAUAAAUCUGUUUGCUCUCUGGCUUUUAUAAGUAAUCCUUAACAUGCAAACUUCUCUGAUUCACUUUUGUUCAGGCCCCAGCUAUUCCACGUUGGGAAAAAUAACCAUGAUGAACUGAAAUCUGUCCUGUGAAUGCAAUUUCUGACUUUUUUUUUCGACAGAGGCAUGGCUGCGUUAGUUCUAGGAAUACAAGCUGGACGGUAGGUUGGGCACAGACGUGUUUUACCACCAUGUCAUUUACAGCAUGCUGUUAAACUGUUAGCGACGUGAGUGCAGCAAUGCAUUUUUCCAGCAUCCGUUGACAAAAAUAGAGGAGUGGCUUGGUGGUGCAACUGUAGCCAUAAGGCUGUGCAUCUCUGUUGGCGGUUGGAAUUAAACAGGCUGGUGAGCAGAACCCUGGGCUCUGUCCUGCAGCAGGGCAGAUGCCCUUCCACAACAGUGAAGGUGUUGAUCGACGGCCAUCACCUGAUGAGAACCUACCCCAGACAAAGCAAAAAUACGGCCAGGCCGGGACAAAUUUUUGUUUGUGGACAAAUGUCUUACAAGAACAAAGGAGAUUAAAUCCUGUUCCUAUUGAUGUCUAGCAGUGAUUUCAACAGUACUGGGGUUUUGUUCUUCAGCUGAAAUAGUUUUUGGAGACUAGUGAAGACUCCUAGCUGUGCAGGCAAAAAUAAGCAAUACUUGUACUACAAAACAUGAGAAAAUCAAACAGCACAGACCAUAAUGGCUUUUUAAAGGCUGGCUAGCAACGCGAAGUAUAGUGUCCUAGUAUUGUCACUCUGUAUACCAAAUUUAUGAGUGCUGCAGUAGUUGGUCACAUUAGGUUUCUAGUAUGUCGUGCUCGUGGCUCUGCAGUUUUUUGUCUGCAGUUACUCUAGUGUGUUGAAAUCUCCUUUGUAAGUGCUCACAUCCAGAUACAUACACACACGCUAGCCUUUAAAAUAAAAACAACCCGAAUGUACCCCUUCAGAAUAAACAUUGGGUCGUGUUUUUACUACAGACUCGAUGCAGCUCCCCUGCCCUGUGAUUCCUGAGGUUAACAUCGGAGAAAUGCAAGGCUUAAAUCUGGUUGGGUUUCUGUCAUCAGCGUGUGGGCUGCAGUUCUUCAGUUAACUCCUUAACUCUUUUAUAAUGGUCACUUUUUCAUGUCAGGAACAGAUUUUAUCAAAUUUUAAAAGAAUCCUGUUGAUGUAUUUUCAUUGUUGAGCUAAAAUAAUUAUUUGCAGCUAAAACUAAAAAUAUCCCUGUCAUUUUUUUUUUUUACUGAAAAAAGGUUUCAUUCUUUAACAAUUGUUUCAAUUAAUUACUGAAAGUAAUGGCCAUAUAAGUGAAUACCGCAGGCGGUUAUAUUCUGAAGAGAAUUCUGUUGUAUUUUAAGCAAGGUCUCCUGUCAUUUCAGACACUACAAGGCACGGUUGGGGAUGAAUUCUUAUUUUGACAGGGAAUGUAUCUCGGUGUUUCCUGCAACGCCUUUCUGCCUCUGUGCCGCUCUCCCGUCUGUGUUUUCCGUGGGCUGCAGUUCCCAGAACUCAUCCCUGGUUCGAUGCAUUUUCUGUCAGGCAAAGGGGCUUUUUAAAGAGAUUAAAUUUCUCUGUGUAAUGGACUAUCGGUGUGCAAGGCUGACUUCAUGUCGUAACAAUGCAUGAAGAGGUUAAUUUUCUUACUGAUUUAUAUGUAUAUAUAUAUUGAUAGUUGUGGAAACGUGGCCUGCCCUUUUAGCUCCCCGAAAGCCAAAGGCAGGCAGGUCGGCCAGGGCCCACCGUGUUUGCCCACUUUUCAGUUCACACCUUCCAUUAUCGCAGUUCACUUCCCUGAGCCUCUGCAGACAAGCUGCUAAACCUUUUCCCAUGCAGAGCAUGCCGUAAAUUUUCCAGCAUAGCUCGCUGUGCACCAGCUCUCCUGUGUAGAAAUAUCUGGAAAUAAAUUGAACUCGUUUCAUGUA